AUGCGAUCGACGACAGUAACCGUUUCGGCAAGAGAGAAGAGCCGAUACCAGUGGGCUCAGUGGCAGUCAUGCACCGCUCACGAUGGUUUCUCUAGAGCAUAUAAUGCGAAGCAAUGUCCAAUUAAUUUCAAACCAUCACAAUCACAUCUCUCUACUUCAUCAUCAACAUUUCCAACUCUUCUCCUACUCCCUUCACUUGUUCAAAAUUCCAGAACUUUGAUAUUCAAACAUCAUACCACAAUGGGUUCCAUGGCACAGGCUCCUAAAAUCGAUCUUGCUGGACUUGUUCCCGCACCAGUCACCCCCUUCAACAAAGACGGAUCCGUUGACUACGCCGCCAUUCAACGUAUCGGCUCAUGGCUUGGUAGCAUUGAUGGUGUGAAGGGCCUCGUUGUCCUUGGCCACGCUGGCGAGGGCACUUUCCUCACCCAAGAAGAGCAAGUCGAAGUCAUCAAAGCAUUCGUCAAGUCUGUCGACGACCGCAUCCCUAUCAUUGCCGGCAUCACCACCGAGGGAACCGAAGUAGCGGCACUUGAGGCUCAACGGGCCAAGGCUGCUGGUGCCAAAGCCGGUCUCUUGUACCCUUGCCAUGGUUGGCUAAGGUUCGGAUACCAACCUGGAGCCCCACAAGAUCGCUACAAGGUCGUUUACGAAAAGUCCGGUCUACCCCUCAUUCUCUUCCAAUAUCCCGAUGCCACGAAGGCGACAUACAACCUCCAAACCCUGCUCGAGAUUGCUGCACAGCCAGGUGUUAUCGCCAUGAAGAAUGGCGUACGCAACAUGACUCGAUGGGACACGGAGAUCCCUGUCAUCAAGGCGGCCAACCCAGAUCUCACGAUCCUCACCUGUCACGAUGAGCACUUGCUCCACACUUGCUUCGAUGUAGACGGCUUCUUGGUCGGAUAUGGAUGCAUUGCUCCCGAGCCUCUCCUGGAGAUGAUUGAGGCUGGAAAGGCACGCGACUACAAGAAGGCGAGGGCUGUCCACGACCGCUUGCUGCCAGUGACCAAGAACGUCUACCACCGCGGCUCACACAUGGAGGGAACAGUUGCACUGAAGCAUGGCCUGGUCGCUCGAGGAAUCUUGGAGCACGCCACUGUACGAAGUGGGUUGUUGCCAUUGCAAGAAGGUGCUGACCAAGAGAUUCAUGCUGCGUUCAAGAAGGCAGCUUUGCCUCAGGCUGUCGUUCCGUCCGCCAAAUAG